GCGGUGACUUCCCGGGCGAGUUUGGUGUUGCGAUCGGAGUUUGAAGUGAAGAAGAGGAAACAAGUGAAGGACUGCAGAAGAAACACCGGAGGAAUGUUUACCGAUGGAGAUCUCGCAGCUACUGCAAGAGAUGGGUACGAGGCGUUUGACUGCUCGCGAGCCGUCGCCCUCAUCGGCUUCCUCGGCCUCCUCUCCAACUUCCAGGACAUCAUAGAUAACAUCGUCAACAACGGAGGGCGGAAACGAAGACGCAUCGCCAGCGCGCCCGUUCCCGAAACCCGACUUUGUGUCUUUUCAUUUCAAAAAAUAUUAACAGUUUUAUCAGUGACCCCGAUAGGAGAUACGACUCCAGUGACUAUAUUAUCUCAGCCUAACUUCUUUGUCACUCAAACUAGUAAAAUAAGGGUCAAAAGAAACAAUGAAUUUGCCUUUAUCUCUUUUGUAUCAACAAGGGUGAUAAAGAUAAAAGGUUAUUCCCACAAAGGGCACUUAGAAAUUAGUACAUUUUAUCUGAAAAGUCAAAAUGAUACAAAACACGAAUCACCUCAAGAAAAACAAGGCGUUUUUGAAGAACACUCAGCGUCCCCUGCUCUUCUCAGUGACCUGGCCAGGAUAGGACCUCAACUCGCGCUGUGGGUCGUGGACGUCGCCGACGGUCGUCUGCCGGGCGAACGAGGUCAUAUGAAUGUGUGCGAGGUCAGCCGCCUCCUUAGCCGAGGUCAUGGCUCGUCUGGGUCACUCGCCGCGCACUUGCUCACGAGCACAAUGGCGGGCGCCCUCAGUUCACAUACGUCUUCAAGAAAAAGACUGAAAGAUUCGGGACUGCUUGACGGGACUUCGAGCUGCACUUAUUAGUAACUGAGAUAAAAACAGAUGGCAUGGGUUAUAUUGGGCAUUGGAUGUUUUAUUUUUGUUUUCAUCAAGUUUUGUAAUGGGGGCGUUUAUGGAAGUGUCUAAGGUAGUGUGUUUUAGCGUGAUUCUUAUUGUCCAUUUUUCGAAGUUUUCUUCUCUUUGUUCAUCUGUUUAUCUAUUUAUUUAUUUAGUUUUCAGUCUCUUUAUUCAUGUAUCAGUUAUGUACAUAGUACUCAUUUAACACCCAAACAAGGACCAUCAUUAUUCUGUGUGUUAUACAACUGUGAUUCACCUUUUUAAUGAUAAGCGUUAUUAUUAUUAGAUUAAUUCCCUUCUCAACUACAAGCUUUUGUUCAUUAGGAGCCAAUCACUAAAUCUUACCAGAUGAAAUCGACAAUGUUAUGAAGUGUGUUAAUUAUUUUAGAGGAAAUCCCUUCUUGGGUAUUAAUGAUUUAUUUGUUAUACGAAAAGCAGGAAAAGGAAGACCAUACCCAACCAACAGUACGUACACACGAAGUAAGGGCAUAUUCCAGUUAACUAUAAAUAUUUGAUUUUUAUGCAUUAAUUUGGGUGUGGUCUGGACAUCCAGUCUAAGUCAAUCUAUAAGACUUUCUUCCUUUUUUUUUUAUCCGUUGCUAAAAUGUAACUGAUGGUUUUCACUUUUCUUUUCCAGUUACAACUUUUGUUUGGGUUUCAUCUGACCUCUUCCUGUCAUCUCUCUCAAAUACUCUAGUGAUAGAAAAAAGCAAUAUGAAUGGUAAAGGAUAAUAAAAUAUACUUACUUUAUGUCUCAUUGUAAAUAACAAUAUAUUAUCAAAAGGAAAGGAUGCUUUGCU